UCAGUUGACUGCAGUGCAAAAUGAAGAGCUCGGGCUCCUCCAUCUCAGACGAUGAUGAUGCAUUGUUUAAUGAAAUGUCAACCGUAGGGCGAUCAGUAGUCUGUGUGAUCCUGGGCCUGUCGUUCCUGGUGGGGGUCCCGGGGAACCUGCUGGUGAUCUGGACCAUCCUGAGGCACGUCCAGCAGCGCUCCCACACCGUGGUGCUCAUCCUCCACCUGGCUGCUGCAGACCUGCUGGUGCUCAUCACCCUGCCCCUGUGGAUCUACUCCCUGACCCGCUCCUGGGUGUUCGGGGGGGCAUCCUGUAAGGCCAUGGUGUACGUCAUCAACACCUGCAUGUACAGCAGCGUCUUCCUCAUCACCCUCAUGAGCGUCGAGCGCUUCCUUGUCAUCCGGUACCCAUUCAAGAUGUUGCGCUGGAAGACCAAGGCCAUUAUGGACAAUGCUCUAGUGGCUAUCUGGGCUCUGGCUUUCCUUUUUGGGAUCCCAUCCAUUCUUACCCGCUCAAUCGAUGAGAUCAAUAGGACUAAGCAGUGUUUUUUCAGCGAGUACAGCUCAGUGGCCCAAGAGGUGGUGUUCUUAUGCCUGGAGACCUUGGUGGGCUUCGUGGUCCCCUUCUCCACUCUGGCUGUCUGUUACUGUCUAGUAGCAACACACCUGAGGACAAUGCAUUUCGGCAGCAGCAAACAGAAGUCGACAGUUCUGAUCAGUAGUGUGGUGGUAGCCUUCGUUCUCUGCUGGCUUCCUCACCAUGUCCUCAACACUGUAGACCUAGUCAGCAUCCUGACAGAGGAUCCAGAUGAUGCUGUGCCUGUUUCAGUGGCCCAGACUGCAAUAGUGUUUAUCUCUGGAGCGCUGGCCUUCAUUAGUAGCUCUGUGAACCCUGUGUUCUAUUCCUUCGCUGCAAGGAACUUCCAGAGCAGUCUCCAGGAGUCCCGCAUGGUCAGGCUGUUCCAGGAACUCUCCUCACACACCUCCUCCAAGCUAAGGGGAUCUGGCAACACAAUAGGAUCUGGCAACACAAUAGGACCGGAAAACACAAUGUCCUCAGUAAGGCCAGACUGCAACAAUACCACAGACAUAACUACCGUGUAGGACUACAGAGAUGGUCGCGCUGGAUGAGAGCAUUCUGGAUAAGAGCGCCUGCUAAAUGACUAAAAUGUCAAAUGAAAACUGUGACCUGAUCAUUGAUUCAGAUGUCAGCAUUGAUGAGAAAUAAAUAUGGAUGGAAUCUAGAAGUUUGAUUAUAAGUUGUAUUUUUAUGAUCAUGGUACAAAAUGUAGAUAUUGUUGUGGCGCUUGUGAUAUACGGUGAGAAAAGCUUACACAAGUAAUUCAAUUGUGACCAUUUCAACACAAUAAAGCUAUUGCAUUUGCUCAUAAAGUGGUAUAAUUUAAAUAACAUUUAUUCAUGAUCAUGUUACAAUUCCUUGAAUAUUAUUUUAUUUAUUUUAUUUAACCUUCAUUUUCUCUUGAAAUUCAUGUUACAUAAAAUAUCACACUGCCUUACUCUAUUUGAUCACAAUAAAAAAAAAGAUCUGAUCUCAA